AUGGGGGCUGAGAAACGCUCAUCUCUUCUGCCUGUCUUGUCUUCCAGCCGCCAGCCUGAGCCACCAAAGAAGGAGAAGGAGACGACCACAACCACCCCUUCUCAGUCCAAGAGAGCAGACGAGUGGAAGGACCCUUGGCGCCGAUCCAAGUCCCCCAAGAAGAAGCACGGGAUGUCUGCUUCUCCCAGCCGCGCUCGCCGGCGCCGGAAAACCUCUGCUUCAUCAGCAUCUGGCUCUGGUUCUUCAAGGUCGUCGUCUUGCUCCUCCUCCUAUUCUGGCUCUGGCUCUUCACGGUCCCGAUCCCGGUCGUCGUCGUACAGCUCCUAUUCCAGUCGCUCCUCCAGGCACAGCUCUUUCUCAGGCAGCCGAUCCAGGUCGCGCUCUUUCUCAUCCUCCCCGUCUCCUUCCCCAACGCCGUCUCCACAUAAACUUCCUGCCAAACCAAAAGGGGAGCCUGUGCCGCCUGCUGGAAAGAGGUAACGCUCCUGUACUUACU